AUGAGGCCCAGGGCAGAGUGCUAUUCUCCACAGUUUUGGCUGGUGUUGGCAGUCCUAGCAACAACGGGUGGUGGGGCCCGUGCCCAGAAGAGCCACCCCAGCAUUGGUGUUGCUGUCAUUCUCGUGGGUACCUCAGACGAAGUGGCCAUCAAGGAUGCCCACGAGAAAGAUGACUUCCAUCACCUCUCAGUGGUGCCCCGGGUCGAACUGGUGGCCAUGAAUGAGACAGACCCCAAGAGCAUCAUCACUCGCAUCUGUGACCUCAUGUCAGACCGGAAGAUUCAAGGUGUGGUGUUUGCUGAUGACACAGACCAGGAAGCCAUUGCCCAGAUCCUGGACUUCAUUUCUGCCCAGACCCUCACACCCAUCCUGGGCAUCCAUGGAGGCUCCUCCAUGAUCAUGGCAGACAAGGAUGAAUCAUCCAUGUUCUUCCAGUUUGGCCCAUCAAUAGAACAGCAAGCCUCUGUCAUGCUCAACAUUAUGGAAGAAUAUGACUGGUAUAUCUUUUCCAUUGUCACCACCUACUUCCCUGGCUACCAGGACUUUGUCAACAAGAUUCGCAGCACCAUUGAGCACAGCUUUGUGGGCUGGGAGCUGGAGGAGGUUCUCCUGCUGGAUAUGUCCCUAGAUGAUGGGGACUCAAAGAUCCAGAACCAGCUCAAGAAGCUACAGAGUCCUGUUAUCCUCCUCUACUGCACCAAGGAAGAGGCAACUUAUAUCUUUGAGGUAGCCAACUCUGUGGGUCUGACAGGCUAUGGUUACACAUGGAUCGUGCCCAGCCUGGUGGCAGGCGAUACAGACACAGUGCCAUCUGAGUUCCCCACUGGGCUCAUCUCUGUCUCAUAUGAUGAGUGGGACUAUGGUCUUCCUGCCAGAGUGAGGGAUGGGAUAGCCAUAAUCACCACGGCUGCCUCUGACAUGCUGUCUGAACACAGCUUCAUCCCUGAGCCCAAGAGCAGCUGCAGGUUACAUCCUGAUCCUCUGGACCCCAGCACUGAAGCCUCUUUCAGGUACCUGAUUAAUGUCACCUUUGAAGGGAGGAACUUGUCCUUCAGUGAGGACGGCUACCAGAUGCAUCCCAAGCUGGUCAUCAUCCUUCUGACCAAGGAGAGGAAGUGGGAGAGGGUGGGGAAAUGGAAGGAUAAAAACCUACAGAUGAAGUAUUAUGUGUGGCCCCGCUUUGAGCUGUACCCUGACUCUGAGGAGCGGGAGGAUGAUCAUCUGAGUAUUGUGACCCUAGAGGAGGCACCAUUCGUCAUUGUGGAGAAUGUGGACCCGCUAAGUGGCACCUGUAUGAGGAACACAGUCCCCUGCCAAAAACGCGUCGUGUCUGAAAACAAAACGGAUGAAGAGCCAGAUUACAUGAAGAAAUGCUGCAAGGGGUUUUGCAUUGACAUCCUGAAGAAAAUCUCCAAGUCUGUCAAGUUCACUUAUGAUCUCUACCUGGUGACUAAUGGCAAGCAUGGGAAGAAGAUCAAUGGGACGUGGAAUGGAAUGAUUGGAGAGGUGGUCACAAAGCGUGCCUACAUGGCGGUGGGUUCCCUCACCAUAAAUGAGGAGCGGUCAGAAGUAGUGGACUUCUCCGUGCCCUUCAUUGAGACAGGAAUCAGCGUCAUGGUGUCACGUAGCAAUGGAACUGUCUCACCUUCUGCCUUUCUAGAGCCAUUCAGUGCUGAUGUGUGGGUGAUGAUGUUUGUGAUGCUGCUCAUAAUCUCUGCAGUGGCUGUUUUUGUUUUUGAGUACUUCAGCCCCGUGGGUUACAAUCGGUGCCUUGCUGAUGGCAGAGAGCCCGGUGGUCCCUCUUUCACCAUUGGCAAAGCUAUCUGGUUGCUGUGGGGUCUGGUGUUCAACAACUCUGUGCCUGUGCAGAAUCCCAAAGGUACCACUAGCAAGAUCAUGGUGUCUGUGUGGGCCUUUUUUGCUGUCAUCUUCCUGGCCAGCUACACUGCCAACCUGGCUGCCUUCAUGAUCCAAGAGGAAUAUGUGGAUCAGGUGUCUGGCUUGAGCGACAAAAAGUUCCAGAAACCUAAUGACUUCUCACCCCCUUUCCGCUUUGGGACAGUUCCCAAUGGCAGCACAGAAAGGAACAUUCGCAACAACUACCCUGAAAUGCAUAGCUACAUGGUGAAGUUCAAUCAGAGGGGGGUAGGGGAUGCACUGUUAUCACUGAAAACUGGGAAGUUGGAUGCCUUCAUUUAUGACGCAGCAGUGCUAAACUACAUGGCUGGCAGAGACGAGGGCUGUAAACUGGUAACAAUUGGAAGUGGGAAGGUGUUUGCCUCCACAGGCUAUGGCAUUGCCAUCCAAAAGGACUCUGGCUGGAAGCGCCAGGUUGACCUUGCCAUCCUUCAGCUUUUUGGUGAUGGAGAAAUGGAGGAGUUGGAAGCUCUUUGGCUCACUGGCAUUUGUCAUAAUGAAAAGAAUGAGGUAAUGAGCAGCCAACUUGACAUAGACAAUAUGGCAGGGGUCUUCUACAUGCUGGGGGCAGCCAUGGCUCUCAGCCUCAUCACCUUCAUCUGUGAGCACCUCUUCUACUGGCAAUUCCGUCACUGCUUCAUGGGUGUCUGCUCUGGCAAGCCUGGUAUGGUCUUCUCUAUCAGCAGGGGUAUCUACAGCUGCAUUCAUGGUGUAGCUAUUGAGGAACGUCAGUCAGCGAUGAACUCUCCCACAGCAACUAUGAACAAUACCCAUUCCAACAUCUUGCGCCUACUCCGCACGGCAAAGAAUAUGGCCAAUUUGUCAGGGGUCAAUGGCUCACCGCAGAGUGCCCUGGACUUUAUCCGCCGUGAAUCAUCAGUCUAUGACAUCUCUGAGCACCGCCGCAGCUUCACUCAUUCUGAUUGCAAGUCUUAUAACAACCCUCCCUGUGAGGAGAACCUCUUCAGUGACUACAUUAGUGAGGUAGAAAGGACCUUUGGCAACUUGCAACUGAAAGAUAGUAAUGUGUAUCAGGACCACUACCACCAUCACCACCGGCCCCACAGUAUCGGCAGUGCCAGUUCCAUUGAUGGACUGUAUGACUGUGACAACCCACCCUUCAGUGCCCAGCCAAGGUCCAUCAGUAAGAAGCCAUUGGACCUUGGUUUGCCAUCUUCCAAGCACAGUCAGCUAGGUGAUCUCUAUGGCAAGUUCUCCUUCAAGAGUGAUCGCUACAGUGGUGGAGGGGGCCAUGAUGACUUGAUCCGCUCAGAUGUCUCUGACAUUUCCACCCACACGGUGACUUAUGGCAACAUUGAAGGUAAUGCUGCCAAGCGGCGGAAGCAGCAGUAUAAGGACAGCCUGAAGAAACGUCCAGCCUCAGCAAAGUCACGGCGGGAAUUUGAUGAGAUUGAACUAGCCUACCGCCGACGCCCACCCCGUUCCCCCGAUCACAAGCGCUACUUCAGGGACAAGGAAGGGUUACGAGACUUCUACCUGGACCAGUUCCGGGCCAAGGAGAACUCGCCGCACUGGGAGCAUGUGGACCUGACAGAUAUCUACAAAGAGCGGGGAGAUGAGUUCAAGCGUGACGCUGUAGGGGGAGGAGGAGCCUGCACCAACAGGGCCCACCACAAGCAUGGAUCAGGGGAGUUUGGAAGCGCCAAUGAGCACAAGCAUGGUGUUGUGAGUGGGGUGCCGGCACCAUGGGAGAAGAAUCUGACCAACCUAGACUGGGAGGACCGGACUGGGGCUAAUUUCUGUCGUAGUUGCCCCUCUAAGCUGCACAAUUAUACUCCAACAGUGGUGGGACAGAACUCCACCCGCCAGCCAUGCAUCCGGUGUGAGGCGUGUAAGAAAGCAGGCAACCUCUAUGACAUCAGUGAGGAUAACUCCCUUCAAGAGCUGGACCAACCGCCUGCCCCUGUGCCAGUGCCAACCAGCACCUCCUCCUCCUCCAAGUAUCCUCAGAGCCCUUCCAACUCUGCCUCCAAGGUGCAGAAGAAGAACCGCAACAAGCUUCGCCGGCAGCAUUCCUAUGACACCUUCGUAGACCUGCAGAAGGAAGAAUCAGCCCUGGCCCCCCGCAGUGUAAGCCUGAAGGACAAGGGCCGCUUUUUGGAGGGGAGUCCCUAUGCCCAUAUGUUUGAGAUGCCAGCCAACGAGACCACCUUUGCCAACAACAAGUCCUCAGUGCCCGCCACCAGCUACCACCACCACAACAACCCCGGCGGCAGUGGCUACAUGCUCAGCAAGUCGCUCUAUCCUGACCGGGUCACGCAAAACCCUUUCAUUCCAACUUUUGGGGAUGACCAAUGCUUGCUCCACGGCAGCAAAUCUUAUUUCUUCAGGCAGCCUGUGGUGGCAGGGGGGCCCAAAGCCAGGCCAGACUUCCGAGCCAUCGUCACCACCAACAAGCCGGUGGUAUCAGCCCUUCAUGGGGCUGUGCCAGCCCGUUUCCAGAAGGACAUCUGUAUAGGGAACCAGUCCAACCCCUGUGUGCCUAACAACAAAAACCCCAGGGCUUUCAAUGGCUCCAGCAACGGGCAUGUUUAUGAGAAACUCUCCAGUAUUGAGUCUGAUGUUUGA